AUGGACGAAGAUGCGACGACGGGCAACUCGGCCGCCGCCGAGACAUUCGAUCCGGAACUGAUUCACGCCAUCUUCAAGCUGGUGUGGCGGCGGCGAGCGGAGAAGGGUGGCGGCAACGAGGUCAUCGACGUGGAGCCUGCUCCAGAGACCUCGAGGAGAAAUCGGAGUACAACUGCCAAUGCAAGUGCUCUUAAAGUCAGCUGCGAGCUUCUUCGCAUAUUUGUUACAGAGGCUAUUCAGCGCUCUGCUUUUAUUGCUGAAGCGGAGGAUGGUACUGUCAUCGAGCCCACCCACCUAGAGCGUGUGUUGCCACAGCUGCUAUUGGACUUUUGA